AUGGCCCACAUGAUAAUGGCUCGCUGCCACAUGGGUCUGCUCAAGGAUCGCUUGACCAAACUACACUCGGAUCCCAGCAAAGAUGAGGAGGAACACCAGGAGGAUCUGAAUAGAUGCAUCCAUGACCACUGCGUGAUACUGGACUAUGUGAAUCUUCUGCGACCCGUCUACUCGGUCACCAUUUUCGUGCAGUUCCUGUUGAUUGGCCUGGUUCUGGGCCUGUCCAUGAUCCACGUCAUGUUCUUUUCCAACUUCUGGACAGGAAUUUGCACCAUGUGCUACAUGUUCGAUGUGUGCCUGGAAACCUUUCCGUUCUGCUACCUUUGCAACAUAAUCACCGAUCAUUGCCAGGAUCUAGCGGACAGUCUGUUCCAAUCGAAUUGGAUGGCAGCCAGUCGUAGAUACAAGUCCACGUUGGUCUACUUUCUGCACAACCUCCAGCAGCCGAUUGUCCUCACAGCUGGCGGAAUUUUUCCCAUCUGCAUGCAGACCAAUUUAUCGAUGGCGAAGAUGGCCUUUUCUGUGGUCACCAUAAUAAAGCAGUUCAAUCUGGCGGAUAAGUUUCAGUAGGAAAACACUACCAAACUUGA